GAGCAAGAACUGUAUUUAUACGUCUCUGUAUCCUCCCCAGUAUUUUAUACAAUUACUAGCUUGAAUUUGAAUGUGAUAUCCAACCUAAGAUUCCACAAAAGGGUAAUCUAAAGACGGUUGUAUGAGCAAGUGAUCAGUAUUUGAAGAGGAAAAAGUGACUAUCAGCUACAGAAGAUGAAGCCUUUUAGAAGUUGUGUAUCUUACCUUUUUUGAAGAGUUAAGGGAAUCUAGAACAACAGCAAAGCUGAGGUCAAACUGCCAUAAGGAUGGACACCAAGGAAGCUGUGUUUGGGACAAAAAGAAAUCAAGAUAAGCAACAUGAACCGUGAAGACCGGAAUGUGCUGCGUAUGAAAGAACGGGAAAGGCGGAAUCAGGAAAUUCAGCAGGGCGAAGACCCCUUCCCACCCAGCUCUCCUCUCUUUGCUGAGCCAUACAAAGUUACCAGCAAAGAAGAUAAGCUAUCAAGUCGUAUUCAGAGUAUGCUUGGAAACUACGAUGAAAUGAAGGAUUUCAUAGGAGACAGAUCUAUACCAAAGCUUGUUGCAAUUCCCAAGCCUACAGUACCACCGACAGCAGAUGAAAAAUCUAACUCAAAUUUCUUUGAACAGAGACAUGGGAGCUCUCAUCAGAGUAGCAAAUGGACACCAGUAGGACCUGCACCCAGUACUUCUCAGUCUCAGAAACGGUCCUCAGGCCUACAGAGUGGACACAGUAGCCAGCGGACCAGUGCAGGUGGCAGUGGUGGCACCAAUAGUAGUGGCCAGAGGCAUGACCGUGACUCAUAUAGCAGUAGUGGGAGCAGUAGCCGGAAAAAAGGCCAGCAUGGAUCAGAACACUCCAAAUCACGCUCUUCCAGCCCUGGAAAACCCCAAGCUGUUUCUUCAUUAAGCUCCAGUCAUUCCAGGUCUCAUGGGAAUGAUCACCAUAGCAAGGAACAUCAGCGUUCCAAAUCACCUCGGGACCCCGAUGCAAACUGGGAUUCUCCUUCCCGUGUACCUUUUUCAAGUGGGCAGCACUCAAAUCAGUCUUUCCCACCUUCAUUGAUGUCAAAGUCCAGUUCAAUGUUACAGAAACCCACUGCCUAUGUGCGGCCCAUGGAUGGACAGGAGUCCAUGGAACCAAAGCUGUCCUCUGAGCACUAUAGCAGCCAAUCCCAUGGCAACAGCAUGGCCGAACUGAAGCCCAGCAGCAAAGCACAUCUCACCAAGCUGAAAAUACCUUCCCAACCAUUGGAUGCAUCUGCUUCUAGUGAUGUGAGCUGUGUGGAUGAAAUUCUUAAAGAGAUGACGCAUUCAUGGCCUCCCCCUCUAACGGCUAUUCAUACACCAUGCAAAACAGAACCUUCCAAAUUUCCUUUUCCAACUAAGGAAUCUCAGCAGUCCAACUUUGGCUCUGGAGAACAAAAAAGAUACAAUCCUUCUUCUAAAACUUCAAAUGGACAUCAGUCUAAAUCUAUGUUAAAAGAUGACUUAAAGCUAAGCAGCAGUGAAGACAGUGAUGGGGAACAGGAUUGUGAUAAGACAAUGCCAAGGAGUACACCAGGAAGUAACUCUGAACCUUCACACCACAACAGUGAAGGGGCAGAAAACUCUCGGGAUGACUCCAGCAGCCACAGCGGCUCUGAAAGCAGCUCUGGAUCUGACUCAGAGAGUGAAAGUAGUUCCAGUGACAGUGAGGCAAAUGAACCAUCCCAGAGUGCAUCUCCUGAGCCCGAACCACCACCUACAAACAAAUGGCAACUUGAUAAUUGGUUGAAUAAAGUGAACCCACAUAAAGUGUCACCAGCUUCUUCUGUGGACAGUAACAUCCCGUCAUCUCAAGGCUAUAAAAAGGAAGGCCGAGAACAGGGCACUGGGAAUAGCUACGCUGAUCCAGGUGGACCUAAAGAAACUAGUUCCACUACUCCUGGACGAGACUCCAAAACCGUCCAAAAGGGAUCAGAAAGUGGGCGUGGGAGGCAGAAGUCUCCUGCACAGAGUGACAGCACAACACAGAGGAGAACUGUAGGCAAAAAACAACCCAAAAAGGCUGAGAAGGCAGCUGCUGAAGAGCCCCGUGGAGGCUUGAAGAUAGAAAGUGAAACCCCCGUAGACAUGGCUACCAGCAUGCCCUCCAGCAGACACAAAGCAGCCACCAAAGGCUCAAGGAAACCCAACAUUAAAAAGGAGUCCAAAUCUUCCCCUCGACCUUCAGCAGAGAAAAAAAAAUACAAGUCAACCAGUAAAUCUUCCCAGAAAUCAAGGGAAAUCAUAGAAACAGAUACCUCAUCCUCAGAUUCGGAUGAAAGCGAGAGCCUUCCUCCUUCCUCCCAAACUCCUAAGUACACUGAGAGUAAUAGGACUCCCGUUAAGCCCUCCUCAGUGGAGGAAGAAGAUAGCUUUUUUCGGCAACGUAUGUUCUCUCCUAUGGAAGAGAAGGAACUUCUUUCACCCCUUAGUGAGCCUGAUGACAGGUAUCCACUUAUUGUGAAGAUUGACCUGAAUCUCUUGACUAGAAUACCAGGAAAGCCUUACAAAGAAACAGAGCCACCCAAGGGGGAAAAGAAAAAUGUGCCAGAAAAGCACACAAGAGAGGCUCAGAAACAAGCCUCAGAAAAAGUUUCCAACAAAGGCAAGAGGAAACAUAAGAAUGAAGAUGAUAACCGAGCCAAUGAGAGCAAGAAACCCAAAACAGAGGACAAGAAUUCAGCAGGCCACAAGCCAUCCAGCAACAGAGAGUCAUCUAAGCAGAGUGCAGCAAAAGAAAAGGAUUUGUUGCCUUCUCCUGCUGGGCCUGUUCCUUCAAAAGAUCAAAAAACAGAGCAUGGCUCUCGGAAGAGGACUAUUAGUCAGUCUUCUUCCUUAAAGUCAAGCAAUAACAGCAACAAGGAGAACAGUGGGAGCAGCAAAAACAGUUCCUCCACGUCAAAGCAGAAGAAAACUGAAGGGAAGACUUCCAGUAGCUCUAAGGAGGUCAAGGAAAAAGCUUCAAAUAGUUCCUCUAACUGUCCUCCAUCUACACCAACUCCUGAUACUUCUAAGCCUCGGAGAACAAAGCUUGUCUUUGACGACAGAAAUUAUUCAGCAGACCAUUAUUUACAAGAAGCAAAAAAGCUAAAGCACAAUGCAGAUGCUUUGUCUGACAGGUUUGAGAAGGCUGUGUACUAUCUUGAUGCCGUGGUAUCUUUCAUUGAAUGUGGGAAUGCAUUAGAGAAAAAUGCUCAGGAAUCCAAAUCCCCAUUUCUUAUGUAUUCAGAGACGGUGGAUCUCAUCAAAUACACUAUGAAGCUAAAGAAUUACUUAGCACCAGAUGCUACAGCAGCGGAUAAAAGACUCACAGUACUUUGCCUACGAUGCGAGUCUUUGCUGUACCUGAGGCUGUUCAAACUGAAGAAGGAAAAUGCUCUGAAGUACUCCAAGACACUGACGGAGCACCUGAAGAAUUCUUAUAAUAAUUCUCAAGCACCAUCACCUGGCUUGGGAAGCAAAGCUGUUGGGAUGCCUUCCCCUGUUUCUCCAAAGCUGUCGCCAGGCAAUUCAGGAAGUUACUCUUCUGGGGCCAGUAGUGCUUCAGCAAGUGGUUCUUCAGUGACCAUUCCACACAGGAUCCACCACAUGGCAGCCAGCUAUGUCCAGGUCACAUCCAACUUCCUCUACGCCACAGAAAUUUGGGACCAAGCUGAGCAGCUUUCCAAAGAACAAAAAGAAUUCUUUGCUGAACUGGAUAAAGUAAUGGGCCCUCUCAUCUUUAAUGCAAGCAUCAUGACAGACCUAGUUCGUUACACCCGGCAGGGACUGCACUGGCUUCGCCAGGAUGCCAAGUUGAUAUCGUGAACUGAACACAUUCUCGUUGCCUCUGAUUUUCUCCACAACACUGUGUUACAUCGCAAAGGAAAACUGCCAUAACACGCCACCUAGUCGACACUAAGAACGAGGAAUGGUUUUCUCCUCCUUGGUUCAUGUUUUAUUGUUUUGUAUACCCCAAAGCUAUCAUGUCAGUUGAUCCUUCAAUAUUCCCAAUAUGAAAAAUUAUUUAAAUGCUUUUAAAUCUGCAGCAUAUUGAUAAGAUGGCUUCAGUGAUCUGUAAUAAUUGAAAUUCCAGCUGCAAUUCAUAACUAAUCAAUUGAAAUUCUAUUUAUUUUAAUUUUUUAAGUUCCCAGAUUGGGGCUAGUUUAAAAGUUAUUUCUGCCUAUAAAUUUAUCCUGUUAAAUAUUUAGCAUAAAAUAAGCAUUUUUAUUUAUAUAUUUUGGGAGCUUUGUUACCUAAUAACGUCUUUUUGUGGUAGCUCUUCUAAGAGUAAGAGUUGGUUCAUCUAAAAUAGGGACAUGUUCUUUCAACACCUACUACCUGAUAAUAUUUCAAAUCUUAACUACAAUUUUAUUAAUGUAGAAUUUAUACUUAGUAUUAAGGAUAUUCUUCUCCAAAUGAAAAAUCAAAUAUGAGAAGAUAGCAUUCUACGUGGAUAUAAAAUGAAAUGUGUCUGAUUUGGUAUGCAUUAUUUCAAGAACUGUGAAUGUGUUAAUAACACUAUAACAAUCACAAGGUGACUAUAACUUGCAUUUAAUGCAUUACAGAAGAGGGCAGGCAAGCUUUCUAGGAGAAGCAUAUCACAUGAAGAGUAUCAUAAAAGGACAAUCUUGAACUUUAUGGAUCUUAUUAAAACCAUGUGUUCUUUUUUGUUGCUAAUUAUUUGACACUUCAUUGAAACAGAGCAAGUUACUGUUGAACAAAGAUGAUCCAACUCCUGAGGGUUGCUGCCUAUAUCUCUUUCAUUGAUGAUGUUUGAAGGGUAAAAUCUCUCUUCAGAAUUCUUAUUUAAAAAUGUUUUUUCCAUACUAGAUUGUGAUGUUCUGAUAGGAGCAUGCAGUGACGGAUAUAGGAAUGGGCUGGAGCUUUGGUGUGUGUGCUUUUGCUAUAUAACUUAGCGUUCUAAUGCUUGAUAUAGAGAUGAUGAAUUUCUCCUUUUAAACCUGUUUUAUAAUUACUCCCUUUGUAUUAUGAAGGCCCUCAUCAAUGAUGUAUGUUUCUGAUAGGAUCAGAAAAUUCACACUAGAAAAGUACCUAACUUGGUUCAAUGUGGGCUUUCUUGGGAAGGGGUGGGGAGUUAGGAGUAGAGCUUAAGAAGCCAGCUCUGUAAGAGUUGUAUAUCGAAGUACCUUUCCCUGUAAGGUGCAUAUAGGAGUCGGAGGUGAGAAGUAUUCCCUCUGUCCUUUGUUUUUAGUGCCCCUAUCAUGUCUGGUGUGCCUUAAAUCUUACCUUUAAAUGAAGACUCUAUGGACUGUUUACAGAUGAAGUUUUACACUAGGACCAGAUCGCCCAUACUGUUGGUCUUCUGCAGUAAUAUUAAAUUCUCUUUCCUUUUUAAAUCUUCCUUUAGGGUUGCAUAAAGAUUAAUUUUUUCAAAAAAGCUAAUGCUUUGGUACAUGACUUAGUCUAACCUAUUGGGUAAUGCUGCUUCAAUAAAUACUUUGUCCUUCUCCCCAUUCCAAAAAAUGAGUCCAUCCAAUCAGAAAAAAGGAUUGUCCUGCUAUUUAUAAAUGAUUGCUAAGGCUUUACGUGGGAAAGAAGAGAUAGAAAGUCUCCAAGCCCAGUGGUGCAGUGAAUCCUCUGUGCUGAGUCUCUUUUACAUUUAUUUCUGAAGCUAGUGAACUUCCAUUGUCCUCUUGCCUCAUAUUUAUAGAGCUUCUUAACUGUUUUGUACCUCAAGUUGUUUUUGCAUAUCAUUGAAGAUUGAAAUCUACAAAUUAUGUUGAAUUUAAACUUUUACCCUUGGAGAAAUUACCUCUGAUAUCUUUCUAACUUAAUCUUCAUGUGUUUUAGGAACAGUUUUCCUUAAGAGGACAACUUCUCAGUGAUCAUGGUAGUUAUUCCUUAAGAAACUUGCCACUGUUGAUCCAGUAGACACAUGUCCUGGCCUUCUCUGACUCCUCUGACUGAUUCCUUCACUUGCAGUGAUGUCUUUAGAAAUGGGAAAAGUAUCCUAUGAGCUUUUAGACGUUCAGCAACAGCAGCCUCUGAGCACCUCUGAGUUCCAGUGUGAUCUAGUCUCUUGUGUGCCUGAAAGGCAGCAGGAGUGACUCGGGGGUUACACUGAUCUUUUGUUAAAGCAGAGUUUCCUGCAUGUCUUAUGGUGCUGCUCUAAGAUACUGUGUCAAGUCUUGGAGAAUGAAUUUUGCAAGCUUUUAACUGGAGGGUUUUGCCCACUAGGUGGUAAUGGGCAAUGGAUCGAUAUCCUAUCCUAAAUAAUUGAAUUUUCAAUGUAAUAGUCUGUGGAAACACCACUCCCUCUCCUCUGAGGCCAUCUCCUCCAAAGUUCUGUCUGUGUCUUCAUCUGCUCCAGCACAUACUUUGGACUCCUUGACGGGUGACCAUUCCUCCUUCCUCAAUAGGUAUCUUCGGUGUUCUCUAACCAUUUAAAACUGAAUUUGACAAGUGGCUAAAAACAUAACUUAGUCUGAAACUUGUAUUAACAUAUAGUUAAUUAUAGAAAUAGCAACUAUUUAAAAACUUACUCUGUUGACUGCUCUUUAAAACCACAUUUGUAUGCCAGGAGGCAGCAGCCUGCACCAUUGGACUCUUUCCAGGCAACCAACGGACAGAUUGCGGUGGAUGACAUUGUUAUAUGGUAGUCUUGCCCAGCCUGGGCUGGGCUGUGGGGAGCACUUCCGCCAGGUGAUUCAAGCUUCUACAGUCCAGCCCAGGCCCAGUCUGGCUGGGGAGCAUUCGGCCCAUUUCUUGCCUCAGUUCCACCUUUCUCCGGGCAAGUAGCCAAGAACUGCCUUUAUAAGAAUGAGUACUUCAAUUAAAUUUACAGCUGUAUUUGCUGAAGAGUGGAGAAGGUUGACCACCACUAAUUAAAUUCUCUGAUAUAGAAGCAAUCUAGAGUAAUGUGUGCACAUGCCCACACAUGCCUGUGCUCUGGGGCGCUCGCACUGAGGCAUGGGCCUGCACUUUGAAUGACACACUUGUGGCUUUAUUAGAUUUGCUGUUGUCGUCAUUUUUAAUUGUUUCCUUUUCAUUAAAGAAAGGUUGAAUCAGCUAGAUCAGACAGCAUCAUUUUGUGUUCAGUGACAGACACUUUGGGAAAUUACCUUUAGUGAAUGAGCUUGCAUUGUGAAGCAAGUGCCUACAGAAGGCACCUAUUCUAAAUGAGAGUCUGGGCUCUGGCACCAGCAGCUCUCUGGAGUUUCAGAGCGUCCAGCCCGUGGCUGCCCCAGUGUGUGAUACCUCGUCCAUCGUGUGGAGGAGAGGCACGCUGUGCACUCUUCCAGGUGUGAGGGUAUGCAACUUUGGAUUUUAAAAUUACGUACACAUACACACUUUAUAUAUAUGUAUGUAUGUAUGUAUGAAAACAUGAAAUUAGUUUGUCAAAAUGUGUGUGUUUAGUAUUUUAGCUUAGUGCAACUAUUUCCACAUUAUUUAUUAAAUUGACCUAAGACACUUUCUUGUUGACACCUUGAAUAUUAAUGUUCAAGGGUGCAAUGUGUAUUCCUUUUAGAUCGUUAAAGCUUAAUUACUAUGAUUUGUAGUAAAUUAACUUUUAAAGUAUAUUUGAGCCUUUUUGUAGUAUAACAGGGCUCUUACAGGGUGGGAAGGAUUUUAAUUUUCCAGUUGCUAAUUGGACAGAAUGGCCUCACUAUGUAUUUUGAAUUAUAGGAGUUUGCAUCUGGGUCCCAGGAACAUCUACUGGGAAUGACUGUUUUAGGGAGAUUGCGAUGAUUCUUUUAAACAAAAAGCCUAAGAAAAUUGGGAAAGCAUUUCAGAUCCAUAUAGACUCCUAUAACUCAUGUUCCCUAAUUAAGUGGAACACAGAUAUCAUCAUUUCAAUUUCAUGUAUCAGUGUAUUGGAGAGGCAGAAUUUUUCCAAUAAUAAUAUUGCACAUUUAAGGUUGCUAUUCAGUAAGAUAAAUAGAAGAGGUAAAUAUGGAAUAACUUGGAAUAUAUAGCGACAAGAGGCCAAAAUGGUCAUGUUUGUGAACAUAUCUUUCACAUACUCGCUAAAGGGAAAUUGAGUUUAGACCCCUCAACCCUAGAACCAAGCUGGCAGGUGACAGGCAGUAAGUUAUUACUAGCUGGUAAAGCGGAUGCUGAUUCUAGUCCAUUGAACCCUAUGGUUAAUUAGAAAGAACUUACUGUCUCCAGAAAGAAUACCUAAGUGUCUUCUUUUUGGUGGAAUCUGGCCACAGAAUAUGGCAUGAGGGUUGAGUCUAAAUCAAGUCGUAUAGCUCGUUAAGCAUCCUAAAAUAGCAUCCUCAGUAAUCAUCAUGUAAUGAAGUUGACUUUGGGGAAUGUCAGCAUUGACCUCCCCUUGCCACCAUUGCCCAGCAAAGUAUAAAUUGCCAUUCUUAAAAAGAAACAAAAAAGCUCCCUAAAUGAGCAUGGAAAAAAAAAAGCUCCCACCUAGAAAUUCUAGUAAUAUUCAGUUUUGACCUCUUCCUGCUUCUACAUGGGGUUUCUUUACAGUUUUUAACCAUUGGAAUUUUCUACCUGCUAUGUUCUUCUCUGGAAAGUAUCUAUUUGGAAACGCUGCCUUUCAAGUCAAUGCCAUGAUUUAUCCAUACUGUUGAGUUUGUUGUUGCUGUUCAAGAAGUGUCCCCAUUUUACAAGUUUAUGCACGCACCUGGCAAAUCAUUGACAUGAGCAUUCAACAGUACUGGGGUGGGGCGGGGUGGGGCAAGGCGGGGCUCACCAACAGAGCUGGCCCAGUUGGCAGUGCCUGAAAAGGUACCACCUUUAGGACCAGAUACGGGGUUGGUAAGCAGGGUUAUGAAAAUUUCUUUCUAGCCUCCAUUUUGAAUGGUUCUAAGAAAUUUUGUAUAUGGAGGAUGGAAAUGCUUAUAUAUUUAUUUUAAAUCCUUUUAUCUUAUUUGAAAUUAAAAUUAUUUGGUGGAUAAACAGUUUGAUAUUUGGGGAGGGUUUUGGAGGGGAGAUAAUGCCGCUAAUAAAAGCCUUGUUGAUUCUGCAGAGAGGUACUGUUAGUGUCUGAUUGGAUGCCUUUGUUUUGUACAUGAUCCAAACCUUUGUUUUACAUUUCUUUUAUCCAAAAUAUUUAGGCAUCUGACAUUUUCAACCAAAAUUUCAAUUAUAUACUGUGAUUUUUAUUUGUUGCAAUAUGUUAAAAUUUCAGAGGUACUUUGGGGCUCAAAAGCUAGGAUUUCUAAGUCAGUAUGUGCAUUUCACAUAAUAAAGCUGUUAAUGGUGAGCAAAGUAUUAUAUACUAACUAGAUUUUUUCCACAUCUGUAUAGUAUAUUAUAUGUAUUUUGUGGUAUUGAGAUUAUAGAAAGUUUAGAGUGUCAAACAUGCGUUUAAUGUGUAUUUUUAAACAAAUUUAUGGCAAUUAAAAUAUUUGGAGACAAGGGUAUCACAUUUCAAUUUGUAAAGAUCUUUUUAACUCUACUGUGUCAUUAAGAUGCUUUGUAUAAUGCCAAACCAUAGCUGGAGAAACUAAGUUUAAUAAAUAUCAAAUAGAUUUUCUGUAUUAAAGUUUUUAAACACUG